CAGCGCCCACCCUGCCCCGAGCAGGAGACGAGACCCAAACCCAAAAGAGGGCUUGUUGGUUCUUUUUUCCCUGGAGAGGGAAAUACAUUCUCCCUUCCUAAUCUUUUUAUCCCCCCUCCCCGCAAUUCUUCCAGCUGCUUCGCACGGCCCAUCUGCUCCCUGCUAGAGGAUUUUUUGGGAGGCUGCCGGAGAUACCUUGCCCGGGACAGAAGAAAGGAUGAAGCUGCACGUGGUCCUUCUGCUGGGGCUGCAGAUGCACCUGGUGACCUCUCUCAACCCCAGCGACCCCAAUGUUUGCAGUUAUUGGGAAAGCUUCACCACGGCGACGAAGGAGUCCUACGCCCACCCCUAUGCUCAGGCCUCCAAGGACUCGUGUGAUGGAACCUGGAGUUUCCUCAAGCCGUGCACCCAGCACAAGAUUGUGUACAAGACAGCGUACCGACAGGCGGUGAAAAUUGACUACCGGAAGAGGUACCGCUGUUGCCAGGGCUACUACGAGAGCGCAGAUAUUUGUGUCCCCAGCUGUACCAAGGAGUGCGUCCAUGGGAGGUGCGUGGCUCCCGACCAGUGCCAGUGCGAACAGGGAUGGAGGGGCACAGACUGCUCCAGCAUGUGCGAUGGCCGGUCCUGGGGGCCCCGCUGCGAGAACCCCUGCCAGUGCGGCGAUGGGGGAGCUUGUGACCCCCUCACCGGAGCCUGUGUCUGCUCGCCCGGGUACAAGGACCCCAUGUGCAAAGUCCCCUGCGACCCAGGCACCUACGGGGAGGGCUGCCAGCUGGAUUGCUCCUGCAAGAACGCGCUCGAGUGCCAUGGAGAGACCGGGGCAUGUCUGUGUCAGGCGGGAUUCACCGGCACCUACUGCGAGGCCCAAUGCCCCAACACCUCCGACGGGCUCCAUUGCCCAGCCUACUGCCCCUGCCAGAACGGGGGCAUCUGCCACCCCCCAAACACCACCCACUGUGUCUGUCCUCCAGGAUGGAUGGGCACCAUCUGCUCCAUCCCGUGCCCCCAAGGGAGGUACGGCUCGAGCUGCCUGGGGGAGUGCGAGUGUCACAACAACGGGCUGUGCGACCCGGUCACCGGGCGUUGCCAGUGCGCUCUGGGCUACACCGGAGAGCGGUGCCAGGAGGAGUGCCCCAUCGGCAAGUACGGCCAGGACUGCAGCCAGGCAUGCGACUGCACCAACGGGGGCCGCUGCUUCCACAUCAACGGGGCCUGCCUGUGCGAGGCCGGCUUCUACGGGCCGCGCUGCGAGGAGCGCAAGUGCCUGGACGGCCUCUACGGCUUGGCCUGCCACCUGCCCUGCCUCUGCAGCCCCCAGCACAGCCAAAGCUGCCACCCCAUGAGUGGAGAAUGCACCUGCAAACCGGGCUGGGCGGGCCUGCACUGCAACGAGACCUGCCCCCACGGAUACUACGGGGCCAACUGCCAGGAGCCCUGCCUCUGUCUGAACGGAGGGACGUGUGAUGGGGCCACGGGGCUCUGCCACUGCGCCCCGGGGUACACGGGGGCGCAUUGUUCCAGCUACUGUCCUGCCGACACCUACGGCGUGAACUGCUCCAUGCAGUGCGCCUGCAAGAACGCCUUCGCCUGCUCCCCCAUCGAUGGCACUUGCGUCUGCAAAGAAGGUUGGCACGGAGGGGAUUGUUCCAGCCCCUGCCCCGCCGGCACCUGGGGCCCCGGGUGCAACGAGACCUGCCGGUGCGCCAACGGCGCCGCCUGCAGCCCCGUCAGCGGGGCGUGCACCUGCGCUGCCGGCUGGCACGGCAGCAGGUGCCAGGAGCCGUGCGCGAACGGUGCCUACGGGCCCGGCUGCAGUAGUCAGUGUGACUGCAGCCACGUGGACGGCUGCUCCCCCGUCACGGGACAGUGCCACUGCCGGCCGGGAUGGACAGGGCCCCGCUGCAGCCUGGUCUGUGACGACGGCUUCUGGGGGCGGAACUGCAGCCAUCCCUGCGCCUGCAAGAACGGAGCCGUCUGCUCCUCAGAGGACGGGAGCUGCAGCUGCGCACCCGGGUACCGCGGCCCCGCCUGCCAGCGCCCCUGCCAGCCCGGGCGUUACGGCAAGAAGUGCGCGAUGCCCUGCCGAUGCUCCAACCACUCCACCUGCCACCACGUGGACGGCUCCUGCGACUGCUUUCCCGGGUGGACGGGCAGCGACUGCUCACAGCCCUGCCCGCCCGGCACGUGGGGAGAGGCCUGUGGCCGCACCUGCCAGUGCCCACACGGAGGCCGGUGCAGCACCGUGGAUGGGACCUGCUCUUGUCCGGCCGGCUUGACCGGCAGACACUGCUCGGAAGGCUGCCCCCUGGGGAGCUACGGGGAGAGCUGUGCCCAGGCAUGCGAGUGCCAGAACGAAGCUCCGUGCGACCCGGCGACCGGGAGAUGUCUGUGCUCCUCCGGGUACACCGGCGCCCACUGUGAAACCAGGAGCCCCGAGCACCCCUUCACCAUGGUGCCAGCUGUGCCGACGGGGUACAGCUCCCUGGGGGCGAUCAUUGGCAUCAUCGUCCUGGUGAUCCUGCUCGUGGCACUGCUGGUGUUUUUCCUGUGCUACCGGCACUGGCAGAAGGGCAAAGAGAACAGACACCUGGCCGUGGCCUACACCACGGGGCGGACGGACAGCUCGGAGUACGCGGUGCCAGACAUCCCACCUAGCCACACCCACUACUACUCCAAUCCGAGCUACCACACCCUGUCGCGGUGCGUGCCGACCUCCCCCGCCCCCAACAGCCAGGACAGGGCGAGCUCCCUCAAGGUGCCCUGCAACCAGCACUUCUCCAACAUAAAGAACGUGGCCUACGGGCCGGACUGUAAUGCCUCUCUGCCUGCCGACUGGAAGCACCACGGGGUGCCGGCGCUGAAGCUCCGCGAGCGGGGGGGCGGCCCCAUGGACCGCAGCUACAGCUACAGUAACAGCCUGGGGAAGUACUACAGCAACGACUACAUCAAGGAGGAGGCCCUGCGCGCCAGCAACAGCUCGCUGAACAGCGAGAACCCCUACGCCACCAUCAAGGACCUGCCCGAGCUCAUGGCCAAGCCCUCGGAGGGCAGCUACAUGGAGAUGAAAUCCCCCGCAAAGCGAGAAAUGUCCUACACCGAGAUCGGGCUCUUCGAGGAGCCAGCCGCCGGCUCCAGGGCAGAAGAGAGUUGCCCCCUGGGGGCAGAAGGUGUGUCUCCAGCAGCCCCCAGCUGCCCCCCCAACCAUUACGACUCCCCCAAAAACAGCCACAUCCCCAGUCACUACGACAUGCCACCUGUCCGGCACUACCCCCCAUCCCCGCCACUCCGGAGGCAGGACCGGUGAGGAGCCAUGGGGCGCUGUCUCUGUCCAUCCGUCCAUCCCCCCGCUCCUGUCUCUGUCGGCACUUCCCAGGGGAAGGUGGAGAACUGGCUCCGAAGCCCAGCGGGAGGAGAGCCGUGGCGGGACCAUGGAUGGCCAUUUACCGGCACCCCCCUGGAUUCACCCGGAGCCUCUUUGUCUUCGCUUGUACAAUGCAACAGCCGCUAAGGACUAUGGAAGGGGGGAGUUGGACCCCUUGCCCCAGCCGCUUGGGGUUGAAUACAGCUCAUCACCUUCCCCCAGGUGAGGGUUCAGAGUCUGAGAUGUUCACCUCCGGAUCCUGAGCCUCCCGCAUGCAGCAGGGAUGUGGAUCGUGGCGGGGUGGUGUGGCCUCAGCUUGCCCCAUGUUCGCCCCCCCAUCGGUGUUUGUCUUCAGGGUGGGGUCCCCAGUCAAGCCGUGGGCAGGUGUGUUCUGCCCCCAGGGCACGGCUUCGCACUGAGGGGAGGCCUGAUCCGGAGGAGAAGCCUGACGUGAACGGGACACCUCGGGGCUGGGGCGCAGAAUGGCAGGUGUUCCUGUGAGCCCCCCGAAAGGGACUGAGAACCCAGCAGGGCAGCUGCAGACGCUGGACCGCUGCGCCCUGCUGACACAGACUAAACACCCCAAGACUGGCCCCGCUGCAGCCCCGGGAGAGGCAUGGCUGGGAAGUGAGACGCCACCGAAUUCGGCUCCCAAUCCGGAUUCCAGCCUGUGGAGGGGGACUGGAUCUGGGCUUUUCGCUCGGCCUUGAUUUGCAUCUAGACUCAGCUUCCGAACGCCUGCCUGAUUUCAUCCGGCCCCCAGCCCCUGGAGAUGGGCCGUAGAGGACGUUUGCGCUGUUAGGGGAAGUUGGUAGCUCUGAACCCAAACUUCCCCCCCCCAUUCAACCCCCACCAGCGGUCCCACCACUGUGAAGCUGCUGAGGGUUCAGAGCCCCACUUCCCAUCCCAGCAUACACCCCCCCACACACACCUUGUGCAAUAUACCGGCCUAAUGGGUGUGAGCUGGGAUCUGUAGAGGUCGAUACGGCUCCAAUGUGCAUGUAAAUAAAGAUGUUUGUGUUGUUUUUAA